CUGCAUUGGUGACUUUUCUCGCGUCUCCAUCUGUAAGGAGGGUGAAGCGCUUACAGACUGAUUAUUCUUAUUGGUGUACAAAAAACGUUCACCAAUCAGAAUGCACAAGUAGCCACAAAAGCUAAUAAUAAUUGAAGCAUGUUGGGAACAAUAUGUAAACAAACUCAAAUAUCUACCUAGGAGAGUGCCAAAAACACGCGUUUUGUUGAAUAUACCACCUAUAUUGUAUAUUGUAUGCAACGAGAGAAAAAGUUUCGAUAGCUCUGAGCGUAGCUGGACAGGAGGAAAAUGUUUUCAAAUAAUUUCAAUUUUAGUUGUCUCCGAUAUAUGCGAUCGUAUGGAUCAGGGAAGUUAGAUGCGCGUUGAAGUGUAGUUCUCAUAAAUAUUAGUGUGCAACGCGUCGCGCUGAAGUCUAUUUUUGGUACUCUCGGUUUAUAGAAAAUAGAAAUGAAGAUAAAACAUACCAAAAUAUGUAAACUCAUAUGAGCAGUUUAUGGAUUGACGUAUUAUAAAGAAUAUAAAAUUUAUAAUAAUACGCCUAGUAAUUUAGUUACAUAAUGGAUAAUGCCACAAAUUAACAGUUGACAUUCACGAAAUUGAAGAUGUCAAAAUCCGUUCGAAGUUCACGGCACAACAGCCGUGCAGGGUCCUCAAAUUCGUCGUCACCCAGUACGCCACCGCGUAAGCGGGUUAAACGUUGUUGUCGCAAUUUCGUCACUUUUAUGUGUACGCAAUUGGGUGUGGGCGCGUUGAUUGUACUCUAUGCUAUCUUUGGUGCGCUUUCCUUCAUGCAUAUCGAACGGGAGUACAUUGAUGAAACAACAGACUAUGUCAUAAAAUUGCGACAUAAUUGUGCAGAGAAAAUGUGGAACAUAACUGAAAAGUUCAAUACGUUCGAUCGCAGCGAAUGGCAAAAUAAUACUAUAGAUAUACUACUUGAAUAUCAAGCAGAAAUUGCCACUUUAAUUAAGAAUGGCUAUGUUGGUCGAACUCCUGAACAAAUUUGGUCUUUUCCAGCGGCCUUGAUGUUUUGUUUAUCGGUCAUUACAAUGAUCGGUUAUGGCAAUAUGGUGCCACGUACACCAUGGGGCAAAGGAUUCACCGUUAUCUAUGCAACAUUUGGCAUACCGCUUUAUAUACUUUACUUCUUGAAUAUGGGUAAAGUAUUAGCUCGUUCAUUCAAGUUUUUAUACCGCAGCUUACACGAGUGUGCACACGAACGUACAAUUUACGACUCGCACCUAGAAGCGCUUGAGAAUGGUAGCCUAAGUGUAUUGCAACGUAAAAAAAUAAUUGUACCAUCGACAGCUUGUCUAUGGGUUAUUAUAUCUUAUAUAUUAACCGGCACCAUUAUGUUUGCGAAUUGGGAGAAAUGGUCCUUUCUAAACUCCUUCUACUUCUGCAUGACAUCCCUGUGUAAAAUUGGUUUUGGCGAUUUUGUACCUGGCGCCUCACUGGUUACGGCAGCUGACAUUGAAGCAGCAUCGUUAAAAAUCAAGGAAGAUGCGUCAGCGGAUCCUGAAGAGAUCUUCAAUAUGCAGUUAAUAACCGACCAAAAUUCAAAGUUGGCAAUUAAUUUCUUUUAUAUGCUAGUCGGCAUGGGUCUGGUCUCGAUGUGCUAUAACUUGAUGCGUGAAGCAGUGCGCAUGAAAAUAAAGGAAAUAAAAGAAGACACGAAGCUGUGCCUGGAGGACACACGUGCACGCUUUAUGGGAUGUUGUGGAACGAGGGAAUACUAUGAUGAAGAUUAUUAUUAAUUAUAAUGUAUAUUUUUACGAAAU